CGGUAAUCACACACACACACACACACACACGCGCGCGGCUCCGGGAGCACCGGAGAAACACUUGCGACCGAGAGCUUUCCCAAAACAGCCGCUCCUGCUCAGAGUCCGGCCCGCGGGAGUCCGCGCUUCACGGUACCGACGCCGCCACGAUGGACAAACUUUUCGCGUUCCUCUUCACCGCGAUCGGCGUCCUGGUGUCCGCGAGAGCGCAGGUGUUUAAAGGAGAUUGUGACUUCGAGAAGCCCUUCUCGUCCUGCGGAUACAGCCAAGGGCGAGACGAUGACCUGGACUGGGAGCAGAUCGACUCCAGUGAAAAGCCUUCGCUGGACCCAUGGGUGCCGCCAGGUUCUGCGUUCAUGAUGGUGAACUCGACGGCUCGGUUCGCGGGUCAGAAGGCUUUGCUCUUCACGCCGCAGCUGAAGGAGAACGACACACACUGCGUCAUUUUCCAGUAUUACGUGGCGGGACGAGAGGGAGGACGGCCUGGGCAUCUGAACAUCUACAUCAAGGAGAACAACAGCCCCAUGGGUUUGCCUGUGUGGAACACGUCUGGACCGGCCCGACGCAGCUGGAGCCAGGUGGAGCUCGCCAUCAGCACAUACUGGCCCAACUUCUACCAGAUCGUCUUUGAAGCGGUGACCUCCGGGCAGCGCGGCUUGCUGGCCAUCAAGAACGUGGUCCUCAAGGGCCAUCAGUGCAUGAACACGCCACACUUUCUGCAUAUCAAAGGCGUGGAGGUGAACGCCGGACAGACCGCUAUGUUUCACUGCACCGUCAACGGAGAAUGGAGAGACAGCUUCAACCUCCGGCUGCAGGGAAUCGGCGGUCGUGAAGCUCCAAUGAAAGCCACCAAACCGUGGAAUAACCAGCGUUUUAUCGGCAUGUUUGAUGUGGUGAACACGACUAAACAGGAUUCUGGCCAGCCGCCGGUUCCCAUCGCUCCUCCUCAGCUCAUGGCGGUCGGGGCCACAUAUCUCUGGAUCCAGCUCAAUGCGAACUCCAUCAACGGAGACGGGCCCAUCAUCAACCGCGAGGUGGAGUACCGCACCGUCUCCGGCACCAUGUACGACCUGCAGCCCGUCGAUAAAACCUCGCACAAGAUCGGCCAUCUGGACCCCGACACGGAGUACGAGAUCAGCGUGCUGCUGACGCGGCCCCUGGAGGGAGGAACCGGGGCCCCGGGGCCGCCGCUGAGAGCCCGCACCAAAUGCGCAGAGCCCAUGCAUGAACCGCAGCAGCUGAAGGUGGUGGACAUCAAGGCUCGUCAGGUGACGCUUCGCUGGGAGCCGCUGGGCUACAACGUGACACGCUGCCACAACUACAGCCUGACGGUGCAGUACCGCGCCAGAGGAGGAGGCAAGGAGGAGAGCAGGGAGGAGGCGGCACACGGCAGCCAGCACACCAUCCACAACCUCUCGCCCUUCACCAACCUCAGCGUCAGGAUGCUGCUGCGCAACCGUGAGGGAGUCAAAGAGAGCCCCGAGAUCCACGUCCAGACCGAUGAAGACGUGCCGGGGGAAGUUCCUCUGGAUUCGAUCCAGGCCAGUGUUUACGAGGACAAGAUCCUGCUGAAGUGGAGAGAACCGGCGCAGACCUUCGGAAUCAUCACUCAGUAUGAGAUCUCGUAUAAAGCUGUCAGCUCCUUCGACCCGGUGCUGGAUCUCUCUAACCAGAGCGGGAAGGUGGUUAAACUGGGGAAUGAAACCAGCCACGUGUUUCUGGGUCUCUACCCCGGCUCCACAUACUCCUUCACCAUCAGAGCCAGCACCGCCAAGGGCUUCGGACCGCCCGCCAUCACCCAGGCCACCACCAAGAUCUCAGCUCCGUCGAUGCCGGCGUACGAUCAGGAGACUCCUCUGAACCAGACGGAUAGCACGGUGACGGUAGUGCUUAAACCGGCUCAGAGCCGAGGUGCUCCUGUCAGUGUGUAUCAGGUGGUUGUUGAGGAGGAGCGUCCUCGAAGGGCUCGUGGAGGUGAAGCGGAGAUCCUGCGCUGUUAUCCGCUGCCAGUUCACUAUCAUAACGCCAGCUGGCUGAACUCUCAGUACUACUACAGCGCUGAGUUCCCCUCCGCAGGCAUCUCAUCUCCGCAGACGUUCACCGUCGGAGACAACCGGACCUACGGCGGAUACUGGAACGCCCCGCUGCUGCCACACAAGAGCUACAGCAUCUACUAUCAGGCCGUCAGCGCAGCCAACGGGGAGACAAAAAUCGACUGUGUCCGUGUCGCUACCAAAGCUGCUAUCUUGGUGACGCAGCUCACCACUCCUUACGUUCGCAUCGCUCCAGCCGCUGGAGACAAUCAGCUAACAGGCGCGGCGACGCACAAACCCAACGCAGUGGAGCCGGAGAAACAGACCGACCACACGGUGAAGAUCGCCGGCGUCAUCGCAGGAAUACUGCUCUUCGUCAUCAUCUUCCUCGGCGUGGUGCUGCUCAUGAAGAAACGCAAAGGGGCCAUCAAGCGGACGAAGACGCUGAACAGCACGAGACAGGAGAUGACGGUGAUGGUGAACUCAAUGGACAAGAGCUACACGGAGCAGGGAACCAACUGUGAUGAAGCGCUUUCAUUCAUGGACACACACAACCUCAACGGACGCUCCGGAUCUUCUCCGUGUUCUCUGACGGUGAAGACGAACACGAUGAGCAGCAGCAUCCCGAACACGUAUUACCCAGACCCCUUCGUUCCCACCGCGAUCUUAGAUGAGACUCAAACCCUGACCAGUGACACCAGCAGCCUGGUGCAGUCGCACACACACACACACUCGUCGCACACACACUCGCUGCGCAAGCGCGAGGCCGUGGAUGUGCCGUACCACACGGGCCAGCUGCAUCCCGCCAUCCGCGUGGCCGACCUUCUGCAGCACAUCACGCAGAUGAAAUGCGCCGAGGGCUACGGCUUCAAAGAGGAGUAUGAGAGCUUCUUCGAGGGUCAGUCUGCCCCCUGGGAUUCAGCCAAGAAAGACGAGAACCGCAUGAAGAACCGUUAUGGAAACAUCAUCGCUUGUGCGUAUCAGUCCGGCUAUCACAGGCCGAAUCACUACAUCGCUACACAAGGACCGAUGCAGGAGACCGCCAUCGACUUCUGGAGGAUGAUGUGGCAGGAGAACACGGCAACCAUCGUCAUGGUGACCAACCUGGUGGAAGUUGGCAGGGUGAAGUGCUGUAAGUACUGGCCAGACGACACCGAGAUCUACAGAGACAUCAAGGUGACGCUGAUCGAGACGCAGCUUCUGUCCGAGUACGUCAUCAGAACGUUUGCGGUGGAGAAGCGAGGAGCUCACGAGAUCCGUGAGAUCAGUCAGUUUCAUUUCACCGGUUGGCCGGAUCACGGCGUUCCGUAUCACGCCACGGGUCUGCUGGGAUUUGUGCGGCGGGUCAAAGCCAAAUCCCCCACCAACGCCGGACCCAUCGUGGUCCACUGCAGUGCGGGGGCGGGGCGAACGGGCUGCUUCAUCGUGAUUGACAUCAUGCUGGACAUGGCGGAGCGGGAAGGAGUCGUCGACAUCUAUAACUGCGUGAGAGAGCUGCGAUCGCGCAGAGUCAACAUGGUGCAGACCGAGGAGCAGUAUGUCUUCAUUCAUGACGCCAUCUUGGAGGCGUGUCUCUGCGGCGACACCACCAUCCCAGCCAAUCAGCUUCGCUCGGUUUACUACGACAUGAACCGAUUGGAUCCUCAGACCAACUCCAGUCCAAUCAAAGAGGAGUUCAGGAGCUACAAGCAGCCGUCUGCGUUCAUCGUUACCCAGCAUCCUUUGCCAAACACAGUGAAGGACUUCUGGCGUCUGGUUCUGGACUAUCACUGCACAUCUAUCGUGAUGCUGAACGAUGUGGAUCCGGCGCAGCCUCGGGCCCAUCAAAAAGCCCAUCAAAGAAGCUCAAACCUGCGCAAACACACACACACACACACAUUCAACAAGAACGGCGGCGGUCGCAGCGGGACGUUUUGUGCCAUCAGCAUCGUGAGUGAAAUGCUGCGGCAUCAGCGCUCGGUCGAUGUGUUUCACGCCGUCAAAACCCUGCGCAACAACAAGCCCAACAUGGUGGAUCUGCUGGAUCAGUACAAGUUCUGCUAUGAAGUGGCUUUAGAGUAUCUGAACUCAGGCUGAUGGACCGACGCUCUGUGUGUGUGUGUG